GCUCGGAGACAAACCGGAAAUAUACGGAAAAAGCCGACGGUGACAACUUCCCUCUGCCUGCAAAUCAGCGCGGGAACAAACACCAGGGCCAUUCAAAAUCAGUGAGAGUUUAUCUACAGUUUCUUAAUAUUUCACCGACGCACAUAUUAUAUAUUUUAUUGUUGGCCUCUCUUUGCAACUGUAGCCUGUUGGCAUCUUUGCCAGACACACUUGCAUUAGGGCUCUGUGGGGGGAUUACUGAGUGCGUCAGGAUGAAGGUGGUUACCUGUGAGAUCGCGUGGCACAACAAGGAGCCGGUGUACAGCAUGGACUUCCAGCAGCAGUGUGAGGGAAAGAUCCACCGGCUGGCCACCGCUGGAGUGGACUCCACUGUGCGGAUGUGGAAGGUGGAAAUGGGGCCGGAUGGCAAGGCAGCGGUGGAGUUCCUGUCUAAUCUGGCUCGGCACACCAAGGCCGUGAACGUAGUGCGGUUCUCCCCUAGCUCCGAGCUGCUGGCAUCAGGCGGAGAUGACGCCGUCAUCUUGCUGUGGAAGCUGAAUGACUGCAAGGAGCCGGAGCCAGCCGUCUUACAGGAGGAUGAGGAUGCUCAGCUCAAUAAGGAGAGCUGGACCGUGGUGAAGACCCUGCGGGGUCACAUCGAGGACGUGUACGAUAUCUCCUGGGCCAGUGAUGGGAACUUCAUGGUGUCAGGAUCUGUGGAUAACACAGCCAUCAUGUGGGACAUCACAAAGGGGCAGAAGAUGUGCAUUUUUAACGAUCAUAAGAGUUAUGUGCAGGGUGUGAGCUGGGAUCCCCUGGGACACUACAUUACCACCCUCAGCUGUGACAGGGUCAUGCGGGUGUACAGUGCUCAAACCAGGAAGAAGGCCUACAACAUCAGUAAAAUGACAUCUGGAUCAGCGGCUGAGGGGGAGGUGAAGAAUUACAGAAUGUUCCACGAUGACAGCAUGAGGUCUUUCUUUCGCCGGCUCUCCUUCACCCCCGACGGCUCCUUCCUGCUGGUUCCAGCUGGGUGUGUGGAGGCUGGAGAGAACGUUACUAACACCACCUACAUCUUCUCCAGGAAGAACUUUAAGCGGCCCGUCGCUCACCUGCCCUGCCCUGCCAAGGCUACGCUAGCCGUGCGCUGCUGUCCUGUCUACUUUGAGCUCCGGACCCACAAGAGUGAAGACGGCUCCACGCAGACCCUCCCUAACACCCUGCAGCUGCCAUAUCGCCUGGUGUUCGCCGUGGCCUCUGAGAAUUCCAUCUUCCUGUACGACACUCAGCAGAGCCUUCCUUUUGGUUACAUCUCCAACAUCCACUACCACACCCUCAGUGACCUCACAUGGUCCCGGGAUGGCUCUUUCUUGGCCGUGUCCUCCACUGAUGGCUACUGCUCAUUCCUGUCCUUCUCUCCGGGGGAGCUGGGGACCCCCCUGAAGCAGCGCCCCCUUCUGGAGACACUCACUCCUUCGUCUGUCCCUGAGAAGAAAGGCAAGAAGGUGGCGGGGGGCAGAACUGCCUCCCCCGUACCCCGGAACACAGAGGCCAGCCCCGGAGCGGGGUUAAAGGUCAGCACGGUGGGAGAGGGGGCUUGCGAUGCCCCCUCCACCCCCCUGAGCACCAAGACCCCCAACGCCUGCACCCCUACCUCAGGCGACCGGACGAGCCAGUCCGGCCAGGCCAAGCCCCAGCCCCGCAGGAUCAUGCUCAACACCCUGGAGGCCUGGAGCAAGGCCAGCGCCCCUAAAACGACCAGCACCCUUACAGCGGGAUCCCCCAGUGCCAGGACCCCCAGCACCCCCAAGGGGCCCACUCCCAGGCGGAUCUCUCUGACUCCAGUCCCUGGGCCGGGCUCCACCCAGAACUUUGCCUCUCCUUCCCCCUCAGAGAAGGCCAAGCAUGAGAGGCCAUCGCCCCCCAGUGACCCCAUGUGCAAACCCCCAGAGCCCAAGCGCUCCAAGAAUGAUGAACCCCUCCCCAGUGCCACGCCCAGUGCCGCCCCCGGAGCCCCACCCAGCACCACAGAUGGCAAUGAGCCGCAGGACCCGUGAAGCCCCCGGUACAGACUGACUGAUGUCACCACUGGCCCCCUCAAACUGGCCCCCCCACUGGCCCCCCCACCGCACACACUCCUGUUCCUCAUGGACGUGGCACACUUGUGCUGUGUGUGUGUGUGUUCCUAUCCUCCUGUAACUUUGGGAUAUCGAGUGUGAGGGCAAUGUGCACUUAUGGAGGUUGCUUCUUGUAUUUUAAAAGUUAUGUCUGAUAAACACUUCAGCUUAGAACUUCAAUUUUACCCAUGAUUCUCUGCACCAGUGGAACAUAGCAAUUUGAACAUCCAUCUGUGUUCCUCUACUGUCAGAAUGAGGCUCAAGUCACUCUUCACUCACUGUUGUUUUGUCUGUGUUUUUGUGUAUUGUAACUGUGCUUUGGAGUUACUCUCUACAUAUUAUUUUUAAAUGAACUGAUAAUAUUAGACGUGUUAUCCAGCUUAAGGACCGCUUCUGUUUGAAAACUUUCCGACAAAGGAAUUGAGAUGCGAGUAAAUGUAUCACUGUAAAAAUAAUUCUCUGGUCUUAUGUCUCUCAGUGGUCAAGGUGCUUUGGUUUAAGGUGUACUAUUUAAUGUAAAUUUGGUGCCCAAUGUGGGGAUGAGCAUCUCCAAUUCACAGCCCAAUUUGGAAUGGCCAGUCGCAACCACAGUCGCUUUCAUGCUUUGAACCCCACUGCCGAGAGAUUCAGGGGGAGUGUAGACACCCACGGUUCUCCUACAAAACACCUGGUUUCGCUGCUUUUCACACCACGGACUACAGCUCACACAGAGUGGAGUCUGAGGAACACCUUCCAUUUCUGCAGUCUGUGGGCACCUGAUUUACCAGCAGGGGUCACUAGAUGGCGAUGAACGCACAGUUGGCACUGGUAUGGUUUAUAUCCAAGGCCGUGAGGCUAACCCAUGCAGCGCAGUGUGGCGCCUUGCUGCCGUAACGCUAGAAAGGUUGCGUUUUUACAUCCUGUUCCUGCCAAGCCUUGUCCAACAUUACAGCAUCGGUAUAAAGGACACAACCUAAUCAAUUCCAACAUUUUUAUUCCUAAAAUAUAGCAGUUUUGUUUAAUAGGCAAAGGUAAAAACGUAUCAAGGCAUAUUAGGCUACGGGCACACUAAAAGUGUACAAAACAAGACUGAACACAAAAUGGGGAAAAGUAGAGAGAUUCAAUAUGUUAUAUGUGGUUUACUAAUGCACAGGCUUUUAAAAUUAUAUUUUAAUAUAACUUCUUUUGUUUCUUUUUUUAUUUUUAUUGCCUUUUUCCAAAAUUUUCAAUGCACUGAGCUGUGCGGUCACUCUGCAGUCCCUCAGCUGAGCUGCGCAGUCACUCUGCAGCCCCCCAGCUGAUAAGUAUUUAUCUCUCCUUUGUCAUACAAUAAAGCCACCUGAGCACUGAGAUUCUACCAAAAAACACAUUAAAGUGAGAUCUUAAAAUCA